UGUGAAGGUUCAAAUUAUUAACCCCUGCAGAGCCAAAUCCAAAGAUGGAAAACAGGCAACAAGUCGUGUUGUUUAGAGAUUCCUUGGAAAGGCAGCUGAAAAAAAUAUAACAACAAUCUAAACAAGACAGAACUCGUUUCUUUGCAUCAGCUUGAUCUUUAGUGACCUCUUUAGUCUCACGAUACCAGACAAUCAGCGAUCUUCCCGCCUGUGUUUAGACACUGACUUGUGAGUCUAGUGAAAAUACAACACCCAACGUUUUUGCCUCAGGCUGAAUCUGUGUUGCCAAAGUUACGAGUCUAAGUACAACAACGCCUCCAUCAUGGAGCGGUUCACUUGCACUGCUGACAGUGUAACUUAAAAUGCAUGUGUGGUUUAAGGGUCAGUGAUUGCCUUACAUAUCUUACCACUUCAAGCAGCACAUUUACAGUCUUGUUUUUCUAUGUUUUAUGGAUUUGCAGUAAGAUGGAAAAAAAAAGGCAGGCAUGUUUAAUCAACCGUUGUUACAUAAAGGUUAAAAAUCAGACCCCAGCUAACAGAGACACUGCCUCAUCCUCCACCAAAUGUCAGAGGUUAACAGAUUAAAAAAUCAUUACAGCUGUUAUGAUUCAGUCUGUAUCUGGUUUUAUCUGACUUUAUCUGGCAAUACACAGAGUUACUCAUGGCACAGCAGCACCGUACCAGGAGUACGGGGGAAUGGGAGGUAGAGUAAGGGAGGAAAAAAAACAAGAUUUGAUUAAUAUUUUGGCAUAUUUUGUGUUGUGCUACUUUAAAUUAAGUAUCAGUUGGGCCAUCAGAAGGCUACCGUGUGUGAUUUUCCUUUAAAAAUCACACAAAAUCGUCCCUUUAAGCAGCAAUGCUUUUGUAAAAACUUUCACAACUUUAAUAUCUGCUAUCAGAAAAGCACAUAAAGUAAUCAGCUGUUAUGAAUCAGUUCAUUGCUCUUGGUUACAUAUAACACAUAUACAUAUGGGAUUUGGGUAUAUAUGUACUGUAUAUAUUGUAAACUGACUCUUAUUCUGCAGCAGAGGUUAUAAGUAGUUUUGUACAUGGUGUAUGGAAGUGUUUGGAAGUUGGAUUUCCAGAAAUAUAACUCAAAUGGAGAUAAAUAGUUUGGAAAAUGUAUGGGUUUUAUGGAUUUAAAAGCUGUGGAUUGAAAAAGCCACACUUUUUGAACUGAAUGAAAAUAUUCGAGUUGAUGUAAGAUGUCAGGAAACAUGUUUAUGAGAGGAAAAAGCUGAUUGUUCUCAUCAGUGAACAGUGACAACAAUACAAAGAUCUUUUAUUUCCCAGAUGCUAAAGUUCCCAUCAAGUGUAUAUUAGUGUUUGUGUGGGAGUGUGAGAAGGUGUGUGUGUGUGUGUGUGUGUGUGUGUGUGUGUGUGUGUGUGGAGGGGGUUAACCACAAAAUAGCGGAGAUGCUCAACCUGACCACUGACCCCUGAUGACCUCUGUUAAUGAGAGAAAAGUCUGUAAUGACACAGAGCUCGCCUGUCAGCCACCCUCAACGGCCCUAUUGUCUAUCAAAGAAGGAAAACACAUCUGGCAAGUCUACUGACAAUGAGGCCUGUAAACCCAGAACUUCUUCUCCCAGGAGGAAUUAUUCUUACGCAGGACUUUGAGCCAGCGAGAUCCGAUAUCGCCUUCAUCUCAAGAGGGUUGAGCCUGCGGACACAGAGGGCCUUCUAUCCCGCAGAGCCCUGGAAGAGAGUCUUGUUCUGGUCCUUCUUCAUCUCCAGACCCAACAAUGUACUCUGCAGGCUUGGAGAUCCUUGGGAUGAUCCUGGCCGUGGCCGGCUGGCUCGGGGUGAUGGUGGCUUGCGGCCUCCCCAUGUGGCGGGUGGCUGCCUACAUCGGUCAGAACAUCGUCAUCUCCCAGGUGAUCUGGGAAGGCUUGUGGAUGAACUGUUCGGUGCAGAGUACAGGCCAGAUGCACUGCAAGGUGCACGACUCCAUGCUGGGGCUGCCAGCGGACCUACAGGCGGCUCGUGCCUUGGUCAUCGUCUCCAUGGUGCUCUGCAUUGUGGGCAUCGGUCUGUCAGUGGCUGGUGCCAAGUGCACCAACUGUAGCCGGGAUGUGAGCAGUAAACCACGACUCGUGGUGGCUGCUGGAGUAAUCUUCAUGGUAGCCGGACUGCUGCUAUUGGUGGCUGUUUCGUGGACAGCCCACGCCAUCGUCCUGGGCUUCUAUGACCCAAUGCUGGAGGAGACGGGGAAGAGGGACUUUGGUAACGCUCUGUACUUUGGCUGGGCUGCCUCCUGCUUGCUCAUCCUAGGGGGUGCACUGCUCUGUUGCUCCUGCCCCCCCAGAGCAGCCACAGCACGAAGCGGUGGUGGCUCCGCACCUCCCCGGGUGGACUAUUCAGCUGUCAAGACCCUGUCAGUCAAUGGCUACACCAGAAGAGACUAUGUAUGAAUAUGUGACAUCUGGGCACUGGUGAUCAUACGAUGACCAGUGUUAGCAAAUUUGUGCCCAGUAGAUGCAUGCUGGAUGUUAUGGAUGCAGCAUGCAGCACAUUGGGCACGGACAUUAGAAUGACAGAUAAAUGUUUAAUAUGUUGUUUUGACCUUUAUUCUGUAGUAGAGGGUGUCUUAUGUUGCUUUUUAUAUUUUAUUUUAAAAAUCAAUACAUUUACUUGUAGAUUUUGGCUUUUUUUUCUAAAAAAAAAACCA